UGGUAUAGGAAGUGGGCUCGCUUGGUCAAGCCGUCACGUGAUUCUAGCUGUGUGACACCCUACGUGGGAAGCGAUGGCAAAAUAAAUUCACAUUUCUUUCUCGGAUGCCACGUUUUUUCUUUGCCCUGUGAGAUGCAAAACGUCAUUAACACGGUGAAGGGCACCGCCCUCGGUGUGGCGGAGUUUCUCACACCUGUUCUCAAGGAAUCAAAGUUUAAAGAGACUGGAGUUAUUACCCCAGAGGAGUUUGUGACAGCUGGUGAUCACUUGGUUCACCAUUGCCCCACAUGGAAAUGGGCAACAGGUGAAGAAGCCAAAGUGAAACCAUAUUUGCCACAAGAGAAGCAAUUUCUUCUCACUCGCAAUGUUCCCUGCUACAAGCGCUGCAAACAGAUGGAGUAUUCAGAUGAGCUUGAGGCCAUCAUAGAGGAAGAUGAUGGAGAUGGAGGAUGGGUGGACACAUAUCACCAUGCAGGUGUCCUGGGUGUCACAGAUGCAGUGAGAGAGAUUUCCUUGGAUAACAGUAAGGAUAAGAAUAUGAAUGCAACACCUGCUGCUUGUUUAGAGGACAACGAUGACGAUGAAGGAGAAGCUGCUGAUAUGGAAGAAUAUGAAGAGAGUGGAUUACUGGAAACGGACGAGGCCACUCUAGACAUCAGUAAAAUGGUGGAACCAAGUGUGAAAGCAGAGUCAGGAAGUGAAGAUGUCAUUCUCCAGACAAGAACAUAUGACCUGUAUAUCACAUAUGAUAAGUACUACCAGACACCGCGACUGUGGCUGUUUGGAUAUGAUGAGAAUCGCCAGCCUUUAACAGUGGAACAGAUGUAUGAGGACAUCAGUCAGGAUCACGUGAAGAAGACUGUCACGAUUGAGAACCAUCCAAACCUUCCCCCCCCAGCAAUGUGUUCCGUCCAUCCCUGCAGACAUGCUGAAGUGAUGAAGAAGAUCAUCGAGACGGUGGCAGAGGGAGGAGGAGAGCUUGGAGUGCACAUGUAUCUGUUGAUAUUUCUGAAGUUUGUCCAGGCCGUCAUCCCCACAAUAGAAUAUGACUACACCAGGCACUUCACCAUGUAGCUCCAUGUGACCAGCAGACUCUCCUGUCGGGGGAAAAAAGAUUGUUAUUCUGACUUAAAGGAUUGAGAAGAUGAGAACAUAUUUAUGUAUGAUUCACUCGCUAAUGAAUUCAAGCUGAACAAAACUAUACGUAAACCCACUGUGUAACUUUCCAAGUAAUGAUCCUGAAUUAACAUCCAUUAUGUGCUUUGCAGUCAAUGUUUUUUUUUUUAGUUUUUUUUUAUCAUGAACCAACCAAGUGUCUCUUGAUAAUGAUGAUGGUCAUGCUUGCUUCGUUUGCAGGUAAAAAUGUUGCUUCUGUUGCUCCUGCGAUUGUGUGGCCCUGUACAGGCCACUGUCAUUGCUUCCCACAGUGCUGCCUGCUGGACCCGUAUUCGGCUUAUGUUUUAACACGUUGAUCACGUUAAUCUAUGUACAAUUAUCAAUAAAGAGUCUACCAAA